AUCAACUGUCUAAAAUUUACCAACCAACAAAUACUGUGAUUUGUGUUUCUCAUGCUGUGACUAGUAAAUUUGGUAGUAAUAUUUGGAAACACAAAAUUUUGUAAAGCAGGAACAGUGUGUUAGUAUUUCUAUAACUUUUGUACAGUUUUAUAUUUUGGUAAAAAAUAACCAGCGAAACAAGCAUGCCGCAAUAUAAGAUUAAAGUAAAAUGGGGAAAAGAAAGUUUUAAAGAUAUCGAAGUUAAUAACGAAGAACCCCCAAUGUUGUUUAAGGCUCAGCUCUUUGCCUUAACUGGUGUCCAACCAGAAAGACAAAAAGUUAUGAUCAAAGGGGUCACGUUAAAAGACGAUAGUUGGGAAAAUUUCAGCCUGAAGGAUGGUGUAACUGUUUUGUUAAUGGGUAGUAAAGAGGAAGAUGUUCCAAAAGAGCCUGUAGAAAAAACUGUGUUUGUAGAAGAUAUGAAUGAGAGUGAAUUAGCAACUGCUUUAGAUUUGCCAGCUGGUUUGACAAAUUUAGGAAAUACAUGCUAUAUGAAUGCUACAGUACAGUGUCUUAGAACUGUUCCUGAACUGAGAGAGGCUCUUCAAAAUUAUCAAGGAGGAGUUGCUGCGGCGGGUGGAGUAAUACCAGCCCAAUCAAUCACAGCCGCCCUUAGAGAUCUCUAUUCGACAAUGGAUAAGGGUCAUACUGUGCCUCCCAUUGUACUUUUACAAGUCUUGCAUAUGGCGUUCCCCAGAUUUGCUGAAAAAAAUGAACAUGGAGGAUUCGCACAACAGGAUGCUAAUGAAUUUUGGACAGAAUUGGUGAGGAUGUUGCAACAAAAGUUGCCUGCAAAACCAAGUGAACAAGAACAAUAUAAGUCAUUAGUAGAUCAAUAUUUUGGAGGAACAUUUGAUGUUGAAUUAAAAUGUGAUGAAGCACCAGAUGAAAAUAUUGCAAAGAGUAAAGAACAAUUUUUACAGCUAAGUUGUUUUAUUUCACAAGAUGUUCGAUACAUGCAUUCCGGGCUUAAAUCGAAAAUGCAGGAGAAAAUUACCAAAAAAUCAUUAACAUUAGAUAGGGAUGCAGUGUACACGAAAACGUCAAGGAUUUCUCGCCUACCAGCUUAUUUAACUGUUCAAUUUGUUAGAUUUUAUUAUAAAGAGAAAGAAUCAAUCAAUGCCAAAAUACUGAAAGAUGUAAAGUUUCCCAUGGAAUUUGAUGCAUUUGAUAUAUGCACACCAGAACUCCAGGAAAAGUUGGCUCCUAUUAGAAGUAAAUUUAAAGAAUUGGAAGAUGCCCAAGUAGAGGCGGCAGCAGCAACAAAGGAUAAGGACAAAGGUGACUGCAAACAAAAAGAGGAUAAAAAAUAUGCUCCUUACUGGUUUGAAGAUGACUUGGGUAGUAACAAUAGCGGAUAUUAUAUAUUACAAGCUGUUUUAACACAUCGAGGACGUUCAUCGUCUAGUGGCCAUUAUGUGGGCUGGAUAAGAAUGUCCGGAGACAAUUGGGUGAAAUGUGAUGAUGACGCAAUUAUCCCUGUUACCACUGAAGACAUUCUCAAACUCUCAGGAGGAGGAGAUUGGCACUGCGCAUAUGUUCUUCUCUAUGGCCCAAAAAGAUUAGAACUUACAGAAAAAGAAGAAAACAUGAUAACUGAAUAAAAGGAGUGUAUAUAUCAAUAUGUCACUCACAUAAAAUCUGGAAUAAUAAAUACAGAAAGAACAUUUUUCAUUGU